UAUAGUGGACAUUAUUUGUAAUAAUGACGAUAUAUGGAGAGGAAUGGGAUAUCGAUUGGUACCCUGGAUGACCGCGACCACGCGUUCGCUCCACUGGUCAAAACUACUCAUCACCUGAGAUCCCAGGCCACUAAUAAAGACAAGCAGGGAUUCAAUGUAUUGUAUGACUAUUGUGUGAUUUUAGACCUGCACCGAGGCAGAGAUUUUGAAAUUGGUUUGAAAUCUUCCUUACUGACAUGCCGGAUUCAGUUCCACGAAAGGUGUAACAUAACGGUCAACAAUUUGAGACCAAAUGCUUCGAACUCGACAACCUUGUAGAUGUCCUUUUACGGGAGCUAUCGACUGUCACUGAGCUUGGGUGAAAUCAUUGUGUCAAUCCCUAACACAAGUCACUCCCACAUUUGCCGUAUUGAACAAACAAUGGAUAACUUUGGAAAUAGGCACAUAAGAGAAAGAUUUCAAGUAAUUGCAGGAACACGAUGGUGUUGAUGGCUAGAAAAUUCGGUAACAGAUUUGUUCUGUUCAUUUGCGUCGUCAUGGUGACCUGGUUUUUCCUUUUUCAUGGUGUACGCGAAGAAAAACUUACACUGACUGGCCUUCUGGAUUUUACUCAUCAAAAUGAAAUCAUCAGACCAAAACCAUUCAUUGCUGUUCCACAUCGAAAGCGUAACGAAUACUCUGUGAGAAGUAUUGUUGUCAUGGUUUUGAGCAAGGCGUCCAAUAUUUUACAACGGGAGGUCAUUCGAAAGACCUGGGGGAAUCCAAGGAGUCAAAUGGAAUACAAUUUUAGUGUGUACUUUCUGCUCGGUAGAGAAGACAGUGUUAAUGUUAAAGACGACAAUGGAGACAUUGUACAGGUGGACGUCAUUGAAAACUACCUUAAUCUAACCGAUAAAACUGUAGCAGCUUUUAACUGGGUAGUCCAGUUUUGUCAUAGGGCUAGCUACUUUUUCAAAGUCGACGAUGACGUGUUUUUAGAAUUGGAUAUUUUCAAUGAAAUCCAAAAUAAUGCCGAUUAUCUUCCAGACGAUGUUAUUCUUGGUUCAUGCUCUCAAAUGUCACUUCCAUGUAGGAAAUCAGGCAAGUGGCAAGUUUCUUAUGAAGAAUAUCCGUUUGUAAGGUAUCCGCCAUUUUGUAAUGGUCCUGGGUAUGUAAUGACAUAUAAAACUACACGAAGAAUACACGAAGAAAUGAAGAAAACAAGAAUAUUCAAGUUCGAGGAUGUAUAUGUGGGAAUGGUCGCAUAUAGACUUGGGUUAUCGGUAAAAAAUAUGAAAAAAUUUGUGUACAAUUCUAAUGUGUAUAUUUACGACUGGUUGCUAAGCGACCUGUUUUCCCGUUGUCAUACAAUUACACACUAUGCCACACCAGAUAUCGUCCAAAAGUUAUGGGAACAGAGGGAAACGAUCGGCAGGAAUAAAACCGAUUGUUCUCCUUGGGGAAUAGCAUUUUUCCUUUUGUCUUACAUUGUAUAGAUCUUGCGUCAUUUUAGGAAUUAAGAACGAGUCUGUUCUGUAAUGACAGAUGAUUUUGUUUUGACUUUGAUACUAACGUGAAAUUAAUUUACAGUCUCAUAGAUAAUGAGACAUUUAAGUGUAUGUGUGACUCAACAUCUCAUGGAUUCCCUUGUGUGCACUCAUUUUCUCUAAGGGAUUUCCAUUUCAUUGUGUUUAUUCAUAUGUCCAAUGAACGAGCUGAGCUUUUUUCCAAAGCGAAUCAAGAACACAAGAUUUUGGCACGAAUUUUGAGCCUAAUGCCAUAUUUUGUAUAUGAUAUGGACUUUGGGACGUAAGUUCGCCCCUGUAUCGAGAAGGUCAGAAUCAUGAUAUUGGGUCAUUACUUUACUUGGAUGAAGAACAAUAUCUGUUGCGUUAGUGGCAUGUUAGGGUGAAGAUAUAUACCAAGUUGAAAUAUAAUGACAUUGGCUUACUGGCAACACCACAAGGGUUCCUUUAACAGGAUACAUUGUUUUUAAAUGUCCACACGCAUUAAUAGCAUGUAUUAUAUAUUGAACAACAUAAUUUCUACGUGUACACACUGUUUAAUUUGGCAUUUGCAUAUCCAUGAAAAACAAUGAACAUCCACGCAAACAAUGUCCUUGGGAAGUUCGAUACUUUUCUUUUUCACAUUUUAUAAUAGCAAGUUUUUAUAUAGUGUAUAAAACUAGUACAGGAGCGGUCAAUAGAAGUGUUCGUUACAUAUUUGUAAUUAAGUAAUGCAUAAAUAUUUCAAUGUUCAUAUGCAUAGAUCACGUGCACAAUCUGACGGGCUGAUUGCUUUACAAAAGUAUAUUUACAUAUAAUUCCAAUACUUAAUAUCAUUAUUUAACAUAACCUUCAGGUAUAUAGACAGACCAAGAACAAAAACUUUAAAUUAAAAAAAAAUCAUGAGAGGUAUAUUUCAUUCAGUAACCGAAGAUCCAGUCUUUCAUACAUACCACAGUGACAACAGGAAUUUUGCCCAAAACCAAUUUGACCGUAACAAGGUGGUAUAUGCAGCAACCCAUGAGGUAUGUUUUAAAAAUUCAAAAAUGGUAGUGUUGCGACCAAAGGUGUAAGGCAGGGUUCACUUUUUAUCCAAGCAACAAUCAAAACAAUGCUCAAAUGAUCUUAUAUUCUCAAGUGUAUGAGUUAAUAUAACCAUGUAACUGAAUAUUGCACAAUAUAUAUGUAACACAAUCUUAAAGAAGAAAAUAAAUGUUAAAAAAUCAAAUUUUUUGAGUCACAUUUUUAGCGAUGUCAGUUAUUUACGAAAGUGAUACACCCACUUCCGGUUCUUCUAUACCAUACACAUUUUGUACUUAUUUGGCACAAUCUGUUAAGGUAGCGGAAACUGGUUUUGUCAUCUCAAUGUCUAAUUGCAGAAAGGUCUAUUUCUAUAAACAUCCCAUUCCGUAAUCGCAGGAUAACGGUCAUAUUUGAUGAUCAAACACAAAAAUCAUCAGUAAAGUCGGUAAAUUUUGAGCUCAACUAUGCUCUAUAGCUAGACGUUGUUUAAUUUUGAUUUGAACAAAGCAUUUUCAACCAACUUUCAUGUAAUCGUGAUGCAUGACACAUGAUUUUUUUUUAUGAAAUGUACAUACAAGUUUCUGAUUCCCUAUUACAGAGUAUACAAAGUCUAUAAGUAGAUAAUUUCAUGUUCACUAACAAAUCAUUUACUGCAAGAAUCUUAUGAUUAAUCUAACACUAAAAACUUUGUAAUUUUGUCU